AAAAACUAUUGCACAAUGACCAAUGACCUACUUGGCUUCUUUAAGUUCAAGACCGCCAUUGUUUAUCUUUCGUUGCCGUAUAAUUGUAAGCUUAGUGCUGUCGUGAAAUAUCAUAUUGAAAUGGAAAUUGCAGUGAAUCCUAUACCUUAUCCCAAUGAGGCUGCUACUUCUACUAGAGUUUUUGUGGAACCUCCUGCCAAUAAACUAAUGAUUCCCCAAAUUCCGGAGAGACCAGCUUCACAGGUUGUAAUGGUAAGUGGUAUACCUGCUAUGGUGUCAAAUGAAAAGAUCAGACAGUUAUUUGAACAUUGUGGUAACAUCAUCGAUUUAUGGAAGAAUCAUUUGAACAAUUGUUUGAUUAAAUUUGAAAACGAAACUGCAUCUUUCAAUUCACUUUUAAUGACAGGUUUUACGGUUGUGGUUGAAACCGGAAUGCGGUACACUUCUCAAAUGAUUGUUAAUUAUGCCCUCGAGCAUGAAGCGAAAAGACCAGUUAUUCCAUUUUCUAGAGAGAAUUAUAAUCUGGUAUCUCAAAAAUUAUCUGAUGAGAGUACAUUAAGUGAAGGAACUAAUAUUUUGUCUACAUGGUUGCAAAACGGAGAAUGUAAUCGUGAUAACGCUGAUGACUUUUUUGCUUUACUGCAAAUAACUUCUGCAUCUGCUGAUGUAAAAGGAAAAAGUAUGAGAAAAAUUGAGGAGACAGAGGCUCAGUUAGAUGAAACGGUCUCUGAAAUUGGUGAUUACUUAAGUGUUCUUGAACAAGUUUUUAACCAUGAGAAUUUCGAUUCCAUUCUUGUCAAUUUUCCAGAAAAAGAACGUCAGAAUCUUAUACAAUGGAAAAAAGAAUUUGAGGAAGCAAAGGUUGAAAUAAACAAUGAAAAGCAAAAGAAAGCUAGGAAUAAGAAGAAGAAACGUUCUGCCCAAAAGAAGGUUGUAUUUGAAACUAUAUCGAGAGAAGAGUUGGUUAAACUAAAACAAGAGAAAGAAGAUCUUGAGCUUCAGCUUGAUGUUGCAAAUCUUGCUUUAGUUAAUGAGAGGAUCGAACAGCAACAUGAAAUAAAUAUUUUGAAACAAUCUGUUUCUGCAGCACAAAGGCAAUGUGCUGAGUAUGAAGCACAAUUGGCAGAUUGGCGAAUCAUCCAUGCUCAACUGAGAAAACCAAGAUCAGAAGAAAUUUCAGAAAGUAAGGAAGAAAAUAGUUUAAGUAAUACAGAGGCUAAGAUAGUCACUGAAUUGUCUACUUAUUUAAAAGAAAGACUUGGAGCCACCCUGAGUGACAUACGCAAUCAUUUGCGACGAAAAGAUUUCAAUAUCACUCCUAAAAAUAUUGCUCAACUAAUGAGAAGAUUUCCUGCUCUUUUCAAGCAAGAAAAUGUGGGGUCUGAUGCAACUAAGAAAAUCAAAUGGGUUUUUAUUGGAUGCCCUGUUUAAAAAGAAGUUUAACCUGGUGUUGGAGAUUUUAGGACCGUAUAAAUGUUAUCUUUCUAUGUUAAUCUUUGAUUAACAUUUAAAAUUUCUAUUUUUUUUUUCUUUUUAAAUUUUAUACUAUCAUUUAAAUUUUACAUAUGCAACAUUGGUGGUCCUUAAAAUUUUACAUUUGAGGGCUUAGUGUAAAUAACCAGUUCUCCCUAAGAAUAAAGGGCACUCCUUUACUGCUAUUAAAAUUUAUCAAAAUGUGUAAUAUUACGUAAUAACUGAAAGUUCAGUUUUUAACUUGUGCUCUUAAACUAUUUUGUGAGUAUAUUUCGCAAAAUAAUUCUCACUCAUUAUCAAAAUAAUUGAAAAAUUAAAAGGUUUUAAAAAAUGUAAUUAAAAGACAAUCUCUGUAUAUAAAUUUUCUUCAGAGAAAGUAAACUAAAAAAAUUAUUAAUUGAUAAACAAGUUGAAAGCUUUUUUUUUAAUAUUUCAAACAGAAAAUUAUGAGAAAAUAAACAUUUAAAAGUGCAAUUUUAAGUAAAAGGUAUUUAUUUAAUUACAUAAUUUAAAAUCAUUAACCUAUUCCCACCAAAUAAAAUAUAUGUCUGGGGCUGAAUUUUCUGUGAAUUUUAACUAUAUAACUAGACAACCUAAGAAAAAUUAAAGAAUGAAAUUAAAGUUACAUAAUUAUCAAUAACUAAGUAAAUCAGAAGCAGACUUUUCAUUAGAAGAGGUGGUUAAGAAAACAACCUUUUCCUGAAAAAAAUAAGAAGGUAUUUAAGGGAUGGUGGUUUAUUUUUACAAAAAGAAAUCAAGAAGGGCACAUUUAUCAGAUUAAAAGGAGGAGAGUUGCCCUUUUUAAAAACACUAGGGAGGACAGUGAAUAACCAUUUUUAAGAAUUAAAUUAACAUUUCCUAAUAAUUCUAUAAUUUUGAUAUAAGUUGAUUUGUGCAAGAUAUCUAGAAAUAUUAAUGUUAUUGCAUUUAUAAGUAUGAUUUAAUAGUAAGUAAGGUUUUCACAAUUUUAGUUAAAAAAACAAAUUUAGAAAAAUUUUAAUUUAUCAUUCAUAAUAUGAACAUUGGUAUAUCAUUGGCGCAGGGCCAGUACAAAUAUCACAAAUAUAUUCUCUUUGUUGAAUUGUUUUUGUUUGCUUUUUUCAACUAAACAUUUUUCUGUUUAAUUCGAACUUGAACCCUGAAGGAUUGUUUUGUGUCUAUUACCUGCAUGUUUUUAAAUGUGAGUAUAUUAUAUAGUAAAACCUGUGGAUGUUGACCAUUUGUUGUGCAUUUCUUCAUUCAUACAGUGAUUAGUCUCUUUUUAAAAAAAAAUAAUAAAUAGUUUCAUAUAUCAUGUUCUUAUUGUAUAUAGAAAUCAUAUUGUGCAUUUUAUUCGCAUAAUUUUUAUAUUUUAUCAAUUUAAAUUAAAAUAAGAUAAUUUAUUUAAUAUGACUGUUUUAAUUCUAUUAAGUAUGUAUAACUUUUAAGAUAAAUUGUAGAAUAAAUUUUGAUUUUUAAAAUUAAUUAUUAAGCUAGUCAGUUAAGAAUAAUAGAUAUGCAUAUUUUGUAAGUUACGCUAUCCAGCUAUUUAUUAAAAAUAUUUUUUUCAAAUAUCAAUGCAAUAUUUUAAAAUUUAUUUUGUUAAUUUGAAGCCCUUGUUGUUUUAAAACUUAUAAGCCAAAGCCUGCAAUAGUUUGUCAUAUAGUAAGUUGGUCAAAGAGUAUCGGUUAACUUUCAAUAAUAUUUCACUAAUUCAGUGAAAAUUUAAUUACAAAACUUAAUGAUAUAAAAAGAUUUCUGGAAAGUUUCUUUUUCUGGUCAAUGUAUGAAAUGAUUAGAAUAGCAUUUAAUUAUACCCCUAUUUGAUUUAUUUGAGUGGUUAACAUACAUGAUAGGCAAGUGGUCAGGUUACAAAGGUUUUUCUCCUUAUCAUAAUAAAUUUCAUUUUUGUUAAUAGCAGUCAUAUUUGCCAGUUUCACUGUAUUAAUAUUCGGUUUAAUGAUCAAGUUUAUGUAAAAGAUCUGAUUGGAUGUAGAAUAUUUUAAUGCUAUUUGUGAUUGUGUUAUUUCUAAAGCAUUUAUCAUGUUGAGAUUUAUGAAUAUGCUUUAUUGAAUACUGUGCUUUCCAUGUUAAUCUGAGACCCAAUGUUUACAAAGCCUGCAAAGUUUGCUUCUUGUAAUAUCUUAAAUGUUAGCACUGAUUAGAAGCAGUUGUGUAAUAUUUUUCAUUAGUAUAAAUUAUUUCAUUGUUGAAAUAUUUUAAACAUUGUAUAAAUAUUAGAUAUAUAAUCUAAAAUACAUUUUUUCUUCAUAUUUUUAUUAUUUUUACUAUUUUAUGUGGUUGGUGUGGAUAAAUUAGAAUAUUUUACUUUAUUCAAUUUUUGGUGAAAUCACAAUAAAUUGCUUUCUAUUUA